GCAAAGAAUGCAGUAGUGAAAGAUGGAAGGAAGAAGGGAGGUGUUUGAAUGUUUGUGAUCCUAAAUACGUGUGGUUUAUACAUUAUUUGAAUGAAAACGUCAAAGGAAUUAUGACGGAACCAAAGAAAGUAGCUUUUUCUACCCUUGGUUCUAUGAAAAAAGAAAAGAAGCGUGAGAAAAAGGUGAAAAGCUUGCGUAUUGCUUUGACACUAGCAGAGUCCAAUGAGAAGUCGUGUCCGGAGUUCAACUAUCGAGAACUGCUCGCCCAGAGACUGCAUGAGAGAUUAGGAAAGAAGAAUUUGGGUGAUGUGAUAAAUGGACCAUCGCUGGACCCCUCCGACCCCUUCUGCACUGAUGAGGAUGCUGCCCUGAAGGCCUUGGCAAAAAAGUUUGAAACAAAAUAUGGUACUGCCACACCAAACAGAAAAAAGAAAAGAAGAAAAGAAAAUGAUUUUUCAACUCUCGGAGAAGGCUAUGAUGAGACUGACCCAUUCAUCGACAAUUCUGAUGCAUUUGAUGAAGUGGUGCCUACACAUUUGGAAACCAAACAUAGAGGGUUUUAUAUUAACUCAGGUGAAUUAGAUUUUGAAACCGUUCCAGACAUUAGUAGUGAAGAAGAAACUGCGUCUAGUGAAAGUGAUGUGCGAAAAAGAAGACCGAAUCAGAUAUCAUCAGAUGAUGAGGGUGAGAAUGAGGAAGGAGUGGAUGAAAAAGAUAAAGAAGAAGAGGGUGAGGAAGAUGAUGAGGAAGUUCAGAUGAAAAAGAGAAAACUUUGUGAGAAUGGGUUCAUACGCCACAAGAAGCGCAAGUUGGAUGAAGGCGAGUUGUUAAGGAGGAGGAAAAAGAUGAUUGGCCAGUUCAAUGCUAAGAAUCUAGAGAAGAAAGAUUCAGACCAGGAAACAGAGAAGCCCCUCAAUGGCAAUGAGAGCAAAGGAGAGGUGGCUCCCAGUGAAGAGAACAUCAAGGCCAGCAUAGAAGCAGUGGUGUCCAAGGCAAGACAAGAGGCUGUAGAGCAGAAAGAAGAGAGUGAUGAAUCUCAGUCAUCAAGCUCUAACUCCUCCUCUUCUGACAGUGACUCUUCUGGCAGUUCCUCUUCAAGUGGUAGUGACUCAGAUGAAGAAGGAGGCCAGCAGGAGGAGGAAGCCCAAGGAGACCAAGAGAAUGAGGAGGUCAAUGAAGAGGAAGAGGAGGAAGGAGGAGAGGAAAUGGAUGCUCCUAGUGCUUCAAGUGAUGCUCAUCCUGCUUCAGACACAGAGGACAAUAUCCCUUUGCCUGACAACCUGCCAGCAGAUCUCACUCUGGUAAUCAGCAAACUAAAAGAAGAAGGACAUACCUGCAAAGGAUCAAGCCAAAAGUUCUUUACUGAUUCUGUCAACAAAUUAUUAUUAAGUAUCGAAAUGAAGCUAAAUAAGCUUGGAGGGAGGAAGAAGACCCAGAUUUAUAACCAUCUGUCCCAACACCUGCCCUGUGGCACCCAGACCAUUGUGAAACGUGCUAAGAAUCUUCUGGCAGAGAGGCAAGAAACAAGGCUGCAGGAACCACUCAGAAGGUUGAGGGAAGCAGUGGAGGCAGCAAUGCCCCCACUAAUGGAGAAACAUGCCCUGGAGUGUCAGAAGGCAGCAGAGUCCAACCCCCAACAGUACUGGGAGCUGUAUUAUCACUUCUGGGGAGAGAAUGGUGUCGCCCAGAAUGAAGAUGAGGAGAACAAUGAAGGUGACAAGAAAAAAUCCAGACUUCCAAAGAAAAGGUUUUUGUUCACAGAUGAAAUAAGGAAACUCUUGAAUGAUGUUGUACAAGUGAGAGUCACCUUCUGGCAAAUGAUAAGGAAACGUUCAGAGACACCAGAGGAAUACAUACGCUUAUUUCUGGACACUGAAGUUCGUCCCAUCUGGCCCAAGGGCUGGAUAACUGCCCGCAUCCUGUAUAAAGAGAGCCAUGAAGCUCACUCUGUAAUUACGGAUAAGAGCUGCAGCCGGUCUGUGCCUACAAAGAAAACAGUUUCUUUAGGUGGAGGCACUGUUACAAGCAACACUCCACAACCACCUAAACCCUCACUCAGUGCCACUGUCAUUCCUAAGAUUUCCCCAACCACGCCCACUGCUUCCACCCCGACCACUAAACCCAAAGGAGAACCAGUCAAGAGAAAAAGCAUAUCUGGGGAUCAUAGGGAAGCUGUGGCCAAUCCAGGGAAACAGCAGCCAGAGGAGAAGGUGGCUGUCUCAAGUGGAGUCCUAAGCAUCAGGUCUGUGGAAAAAAUCAAUGAGGGUGCUCCCAGGAAGCCUGGUGAGGAAGGAGAGCAAGCAUCAGAAAAGCAAGAGAGGCUGGGUGGUGAGGAAAGUACAGGAAAGGACAAACCACAGUCAGAGAAGAAGGCACCAACAGCAGCCUCAUCUGCAGUCAGCAUUAUUGACCUCUCUAGUGAUGAAGAGAAGACAUUAAUUAACAAAGCAUCAUUACUCUCAGGCACAGAAUCCAUCCCUGUUGUCAUUGCUGCUAAAAGUAAUAAAGACAGUGAUGAGGUCUUCUUAAUGCCUAGUCAAGGAACAGUGGCAUCUAAUGCAACAAAAGAAGAUGCACCUCCCCUUGAAUCAAAGAAAGAAGACAAUUUGGAGGAAGAAAUGAACCUUGUCAUGAACGAAAUAUUGCAAAUUUCCAAGCAGAAGUCUGCUGAUGAUUCCAUGGAUAAAGUAACCAAAGACAACAGCAAAGAUAUUCCAUCAUCAUCAUCACAUACAACAUCAUCAAAUUUAGGUAGCAUAAAGCAACACCAUCAACACCACCAUAGCUCACCUCAUUCACAAGAAACAUACCUUCACCACCAUCAUCAUCAUCAACACUCUCAUCACCCAAAGCAGGACCCUCACUCUUCUACCACCUCAUCAAAACAGGAGCAUUCAUCAGUGUCUCCUGGGAAACAGUCAUCAUUAGGCACAUCAUCAAAGCAUCACCACUCUCAUCAUCUUACACAAGAGUCUCAUUCCCCUAGCAUCUCAUCAAAACAAGAACAGUCAUCAGUGUCUCCCGGGAAGCAAUCGUCAUCAGCUUCACCAGUAAAACAGUCUACAAAAGUACCCUUAAUUUCUCCUGUGAAGGACCAGAGCUUAUCCACUCCUGCACUGCAGCACAGUACUCAACAGCAGCAGCAUGGUCAAUCUGAAGUGACACACAUUCAUUCACAUGAACGUCACUCUUCAAAGAGUUCCAUAGCUGAUCACUCUAAACACACCUUGACAAGCCAAGAGAAGCAUUCAUCUGAACAUAAUUCACUGUUGUCUUCUCAUAAACAAUCUUCUCAACGGCAGACUUAUGGUGAUCCUCACCACAAACCGUCUCCAAAACUUCAUUCCUCCAAGCAGGAAAGACAGAGCCACAGUAGCCAUUCCUUGUCCCUUGGUGAGCCCAAGUCACCUGUACAAAGCCAGCUCCAGCACCCACUCUCAUCCUUACCGCAUCACAGCCCCUCACAACACACUACAAAACAGUCACAGCAGCAUUCUUUGCAGCAGUCACAACAUUCACAAAGACAACAGCAGCAGCAACAGCAACAACCUCUGAACCUUCAACAGCCCAAGCAACAACAGCAGCAGCAUGCUCUGAAUCUUCAGCAACCUAAGGUCCAACAUCCGCCUCCAAGUUACCAUCAUAGCAGUAGUACUUCACAGUACUCCUUGUCUCAGCCUCAUAGCACUUCUCCUGAGCCUUCUAGACAAAAGAAACAGCAGUCUCAUUACUCCCAGGCCCAGCAUCAGUCCCAAUCAAACUCUAAGCCUAGUAAUACCUCCUGGGGCUCUUCAUCUGAUGUGACAAUGAUCUCCAAGACGUCCCCUACCAGUACAAGCAAAACCCACUCCACUUGGGCCUCCAGCCAUGAUGUCUCACCUUCCAGGCAGAGGCAGAGUGAUGCUGCUAUUGUAUCCUCAAGUGAUCCACUGGCCAAUCUGAGGAUGAUGCAUGGCCUCAGCGUCAGCAGUGUUACCAAGAAGACCUCAUCCUCCACCUCAGUAUACCACAGUCCUGCCGCCCUUGCCACCUCCUCCAUAGGGCCCUACAACACUUCGGGAUCAGGAAGCAAGAAGAGCAGUUCAAGUAGUGCUAGUACAACUUCAGCCAAGGCCUCAACCAGUAUACCAAGCCAUGGAAGUAGCUCCUUAGGCCUACACUCUACCAACAAGAGCAGUGUGCAUAACUACUCUUCUUCCCAGUCCAAGCAUUCAGCACCGUCCCUCUCCUAUUCCUCAUCCUCACAACACUCCACUACAGCCAAGGCCAGGCUGGAUCCUUAUGUAGCUUCAAUGAGUCAGUCAUUGUAUGGAGGCAUGACUGCUGAACAGCAGCUCAAUGCAUACAAGCAGCUGCAACAGCACCAACAAACCAACCACCUCACUCCCCACCAGCAGCAGGAACUCUGGCAGCAGGUUAUUAUGAGUUCCGGUGGUUUUCUGCCUGGCAUGAGUGGCAUGUCAAGUACAGAUAUGCUGAAAUUCGUGACACAAAUGGGAAAAUCAAUGGACUCUUACACCUCAGCAUCUCAGCAUGGUCAGAAACGGCCAGGCCAGCGCCACAGCCAGUUCUGAACUUUUUGGUGAGGACUGCCAAGAGUCCACUGGAAAGCCUCGCAUGUGGGUUACACAACAUGAAGACUGUACAGCUGUAUAUUGUAUGAACAGUGAGAUAUUAGUACAAAGACUUUGGUGAUGCAGCAUCAUGAUGGGUAGUGCAUCCAGGGUAUCUCUGGACUUGCUAGUGUGGAGAAAACAUUUGUGUUGGUUGGGUUCUGCAGCCCUUUUCUGGUAAGGCCAAUAUGUCUGGUAAAGCAGUUGUUGGUUGCUAUAUUUAGCUUAUUUAACUCAACACAGGAGUGGCAUCAAGAAUGUCAGGAGCAGCACAAGCAACCACCAACAAGGCACAAACAGUCUCUGUUAAGCCUGUUGAUUGGUUUCUAUCAGUUAUGGCUCCUGAUCUGGCAGCAGACAUAUUUAUUGCUAUGGUAUUGUUGUUGU